AGGUACGUCUCUCAAGAGGCAGCCAAGGGGCUCCAAACGCAGCCCCAUCUCUCUCUCCACACUCCACACCCCCACACAACCACCUCCUCCAGAAUAAAGACUUGUUCCUUUUGGUGACAACUUGGCAGACAUGCGAUCCAUGUCAAGCGCCAACUCCUCCAAAGGCAUCGCUGCCAUCGUCGGUGUUGGCCCCAAACUCGGCUGCUCCAUUGCUCGGAAGUUUGCCUAUGAAGGCUACACGGUCGCCAUCCUCGCACGAGACCUCGCUAAACUAUCGAGGCUCGCCGAGGAGAUCGCCAGGGAAGCAAAAGCUCAAGUGUUCGCCAUCCGCAUCGACUGCUCCGACUCCAAGUCGGUGCGCGAGGCCUUUGAAGGCGUCCUUUCACUUGGUUUUGUCGAGAUUCUGGUCUACAAUGCUUGCGAGCCUGUCUCCUGCCAGGCCACCAAAUUCACUGCCAUUAGCCUCGAGUCCUUCGAGCGAUCUCUCGCAGUGUCCACGGUGGGGGCAUUCCACUGUGCGCAGCAGGUGAUUCCUGGGAUGGUGGAGAGGGGCAGAGGCACCAUCAUCUUCACCGGUUCUUCGGCUUCUCUUAAUGGCUUUGCAGGCUUCUGUGAAUUAAGUUGUGGGAAAUUUGCUCUGAGGGGAUUGUCACAAUGCCUAGCGAGAGAGUUCCAAUCAUCUGGUGUCCAUGUUGCUCAUGUUAUCAUCGAUGGAGUAAUUGGUAUGCCCAGAUCAUCACGAGGAAAUCGAAGCAUGGACUUUACAAUGGAUCCAGAUGCACUAGCACAGACUUACUGGCACAUCCACAACCAAGACAAGAGUGCAUGGACGCAGGAGAUCAAUCUACGAUCACCGUCGGGCCAAAUACCUUAAGCACCAAAAAUGCUGCUGUGAGUUGAUUGAAAUUAGGGGAUUUGCUGGUGUCAUGAUUCAUUUUAUUAAGUUGGUUUAGGUUGGGUGGGUGGAUACUCUUGUAAUUGGAUUGCAGCUAUGCGGAUUCCAUGAACCUGUAGCAAUCAAGAGUGGGUCCAUCGAGAUUGAUUACUACAUCUAAGUAUGUCAAAAGGAAUGAAGAAGCAUAUGGUCAUGUAGAAAUAAUCGUGUCCUUCUUGGAUGCACUCAAGUUGUACUGUUCCUGACACUAUCUUCCUACAUAUUUCAUCAAUAAAAUAUCUUCCUACAUCUUCUUUAUAAAAG